UUAUAGAUAUACCGUUAGUAUUUUUGAAGAAAAAUGGCAGGUUCAGGUCACAUGUGGCCAAACAGUCAAGAUGACUAUGAGUUAUUGGAGGUUAUCGGUGUGGGGGCUACAGCAGUGGUACACGCCGCUUACUGCCGGCCGCGGUCCGAGAAAUGUGCAAUUAAACGUAUCAACCUCGAAAAAUGGAACACGUCUAUGGAUGAACUUCUCAAAGAAAUCCAGGCUAUGUCCAGCUGCAACCAUGAGAAUGUUGUAACAUACUACACCAGUUUCGUUGUGAAGGAGGAGCUGUGGCUCGUCUUGAGGCUUUUAGAAGGCGGCAGCUUACUUGACAUCAUCAAGCACAAAAUGAGGAUCUCUAAUUGCAAGCACGGAGUUUUCGAUGAAGCUACUAUCGCAACCGUUUUGAAGGAAGUGCUUAAGGGUCUCGAAUAUUUCCACCAAAACGGGCAAAUCCAUAGAGACAUCAAAGCUGGUAAUAUUCUUCUGGGCGAUGAUGGUAUAGUACAAAUCGCUGACUUUGGCGUUUCCGCGUGGCUGGCCACUGGCAGAGAUCUUUCGCGACAGAAAGUCCGCCAUACUUUCGUCGGUACACCUUGCUGGAUGGCACCUGAAGUAAUGGAGCAAAAUCAUGGAUACGAUUUCAAAGCUGACAUCUGGUCGUUUGGUAUUACAGCCAUAGAAAUGGCGACAGGCACUGCCCCAUACCACAAGUAUCCACCAAUGAAAGUUUUGAUGCUCACUUUGCAAAACGAUCCACCCACCUUGGACACUGGUGCAGAAGAGAAGGAUCAAUAUAAAGCAUAUGGAAAAACUUUCCGGAAGAUGAUUUCAGAAUGCCUUCAAAAAGAUCCAACAAAGAGGCCAUCCGCACCAGAACUAUUAAAGCAUUCAUUCUUCAAAAAGGCGAAAGACCGUAAAUAUCUCGUACAAACCCUUGUCACGAUCGGGCCUAGCAUGGAGACUCGCGUCCACAAGGCUAGUAAACGGCAGCCAGGCACAUCGGGCCGAUUACAUCGCAUGGAAACUGGUGAAUGGGUCUGGGAAAGCGAAGAGGACGAUGAUGAUGAGGACGGCGAAACCGGCCGCGACCGUCCGAUGAACCAGUUGCUCCGGGCUGAUUCAUCUGACAGCGAGAGCGACAGCGAAUCCCGCGCUGGUUUCACUAUCGGCUCAGUGGAAGCAGAAGAAGCUCCUCUAAUCAAUCUCGUCCUCAGAAUGAGGAAUGCUAGGAAAGAACUCAACGACAUACGUUUCGAGUUCGCUCCGGGCAAAGAUUCCGCGGACGGUAUAGCCACAGAGUUAGUCGGGGCCGGUCUGGUGGCUGCUCGAGAUUCAGCGACGAUCGCGCAGCAGCUGCAGAUUCUGGUGGACGCGCACAUAUUCCCGAGCGGGUCCCCAUCCCCGCGGACGCUGACCUUCCGCUUGGACUCGGCCGACCCCGCCGAGCCGUUCGACGAGAAGGGCCUCAUCGGUUUCGCACAGAUCUCCAUCGUCGACUGAAUCCAUCUUUCUACCUCCCCUAUGGACAAUAAUGUUGUGAACUCGAGUAUUUUAUAUUGAAACUUUCCACAGUGCGUUUAAUCCACGUUGAGCACUUUUGCUAUUUACUUGUUGACGAAGCAUGAGAGCACAAAAGGUAAUCGUUACUAAGUCGCGAGUUGGCUUCCAAAUUAUCUUAAUCACUGUUGUAUCGCGUGUAUAUGGUAUAUAAAUAGGUGCAACGUCGCGCGCCAUUUUAGUUUGUAGUCAUUUAAUCUUAAGCGCUAUAUUACUAUGUUAUUACGCUGUGUUCUGUGUACCUACGUAUUUAUGGGUGAUAUGGAAUCCUUUAGUUUAUGUCGUUUAUAGCUCAAGCGAAGUAAUUAUUAAUAAGAAUGAUGAAUUUAUACGAUUUUAUAUAAUAUAUAUUCUUUCGUGUUUAUUUCGCUGAAGUGGAUGUCAAACACUGUAAUUGAUUUAAUUGUAUAGUAUCGCUCAAAAAUCAUCCCUAAAAUGGAGAUAUAAUCUAUGAUUGAUUAAUUUAUUUAAAAUUAUUUUAAUAUGUAACUAUAAAGCGUAUUUAGGGUAUUGUAUAAAUCAAAUUAUUUAAACUAUGACUAAAUUGAAUCAAAAAUAAGGCUCAGAUUAAUAAAAUCUUACUAACACGAAAA